GUUACAUAGUUCUACAUGUAAAAUAGUUUAAUCAUGAGUGAAAAAAACGCAAAUAUAGUGCAUGAAUUUGAUAAUUUUAUGAAGAAUUUUUGUAUGAUAGCGUUUGGAUUAGUAUUGAUAGUUUUAGCAAUUGUUAUAUUGUUAACUUUUUUUAUUUUAUGGAUUGACUUCACGGGAUGGCUUUUUCAAGUCAUAACAAGAUUGGUAAAAUCAGCACGGACGGUUUUAAUUGACAUCUGGAAAUGUUUUCUGUUUCUGUGCGACUUUGACGAUGGCAUCAAGUCAGCACAGAUGUGUAGUAUUUGCAACUUUCCGAUGAACAAAUUGUCACAGUAUUGCAGAAAAUGCAGAUUGUAUGUUUGUUUGCAUUGUGAAUAUAUUUAUGAGAAAAUAAGCGCGUGUAAGGAUCAUCAAGAAUUCGCCAGCGAAAGCGCUAGCACGGACAGCGGAUCAGAUGAGAUGAAAACAUUAACAGUACAAUUAGAAGAAGACAGACAUGAAGAUUUUGUUGUAAAAAUACUACAUAAUUUUAUAACACAACAAGUAGUCCCCCAUAUCAAACUUGUGUCUUUCACAAAUAUAAGAAGAGCAGAAGUUUUAUGUUUUUAUAACAGAAAUUAUGAUAAUGGAUUUUUGGAGACAUUGUGCCUCAAACGAAUGGACGAUUUAAAGCCGGACUACUUUCUUCGAUCAAAACUUGGUUUGGUGUAUUAUCCGUUAAAAAUUUGUCUUGCACCUCGCUCGACAUCCGGAUUUUCACUAAUUAUUCAUGAGGAAAAUAUAUUGCAUUUUGUUCCUCUUUAUAUUCCCUUACAGGCAAGGCUGAAAAAUAUCUUUAAAAUGAUUUCCUGUCAAAAAGUAACUUAUGAGCUGCACAAAGACACAACGAAAUCAAUCAAAUAUGUGGCGGUUGAUGAAACAAUUUGUAGAAAAGUACUUUUAACCGAAUUCAAUAAUGGGAUUGCAUUGCUUCUUCUUAAAGACAGUACUAAUUUUGGACGUGUACGCACACUAUCUAUUACGUUCUACUCACCGGAAGGAGCAGAAACGCAUAAAUGUUUUUUGAAAAAGUCGAGCGAAGGAAAACUUGCCUUACAGUCACCAGUGUGUAUGACAGGUACUUUUAACAACACUUUAGUCAUUUGCGAAUCAAACUACGAGAUAGAUCGUGUCAUUGAAGUUGAUACUGACGGAAAUAUAAUCAAAGAAGUUGACUUAACAAAACAAAUCGAAGGGAUGAUUAAUUCCGUCACAUGCGACGUCAAUGGAAAUAUCUAUGUCGCCGGAUAUCUAAAAAUAGUACAAAUAUCAGAACGAGGUAACCUGGUCAAAGAAUGCUUGUCUCUGAAGAAAGAUUCAAAAUACAAAUCUAUAGUUGACAUUAUGUAUUCGGAAAAUAAUAAACAACUUUAUGUUGUAUUUGAUAAAAGAGAGAUUACUAACCUAGAAAAAUUAUUCUCUUUUGUGUCUUUUAAUUUGAUCCAUUCAUGAUGGUUGAUGAAAUACAUGUAAACUUGCGGUAACACACAUUUAUAUAUGUGAUUAUGUAUAUAAUGUGAAUUUCUACCAAUUACCGUAUAUACAUAAGUGAAUUUGUGGAAAAAAACGAUCUGGGUUUGCUUGAAUUUGGGUAACAACAAUCAUCUGGAUUUGCUUGAAUUUGGGAUAGCAACAUUCUGGAUUUGCUUGAAUUUGGGGUAGCAACAUUCUGGAUUUGCUUGAAUUUUGUUGUAUUGGGGUACCAGUAUCAACAUUCUGGGUUUGCUCGAUUUAGAGUAACAACAAUCUGGAUUUGCUUGAAUUUGUAUUAAACAACACUCUGAAUAUGCAAUAAGUUCACAAUUAUCUCACUUCUUGUUGCUAACUGGAUAUACAAAGUUUCAAAAAAAUGAAACGUUCUUCAAGAAUGAGACAAUUGACCUUGACCACAUAAAUCCGAAUUAGGAUAUAAUUGCAUAAUUAAAUGUUAUGAUUUUUUUUGUGGCGUACACAUAUUUAUUUGAUUAUUUGCUAUAAAACAAACAAUGUUGAUAUCACUUGAAAACUUGAAGUAACAAGCCUGUGUAUUUGCCGUAAAAUCCAUGCGUAUUUGUCGUAAGAAACAUGUGUAUUUGCACUAAAAACCGUGUGGUACUAGUAUUUGGCGUAAAAACCAUGUGUAUUUGCCAAAAGAACCAUAUGUUUUUUUCGUAACAACCAUGUGCAAAACGUUUAUGUCA